ACUAUGCAGUAUGCGUUAUGCAAGAGUGUGUGCUGCGGCCUAUAUACUGUAUUAAAAUGGCGAUGACGACCUAACCCAACCGACGCAAUGUCGCAUCUCUAGUUACUAGUAUCUAGGCCUUUUUAUUUAUUUGUAAGUAAUUGAGAGAUACAGUCAUCAUGGCCACAGACGAUUCUUGGAAAACGCCACAUUUUCGUCAAAGCGUAGUCGCGAAAAUUGAUGAAGCAAUACAAGUAUCUGGCAUGCCUACGACAAAGAAUAGCAUUGAAAUGGAGAAUCAUGUCUUUCAAAAAGCUAAAUCUAAGGAAGAAUACUUGGGUUUUGUUGCCAGAUUGAUUCUUCAUGUCAGAGAAAUGAAUUCUAAAAAGAGUGCAACUGGUAAUGCACCAGGUACUGCUGGCACUAAUAAUCAAGGAAUGCCUGAUCCAAUUGGUGCUCUUCAGACGUUAGCACGUCAGGGCACGGGAAAUAAUCAAAUGAUUAGCAUAGGAGGUCCUAAUCAUCAGGGUAUAAUCCCGCAACCACCUACAAAUACUGCAACUAAUCAUUGUAAGAAACGAGAUGUAGAAAAUAAUGAUGGCACAGAGGCUAAGUGAUGAUGCUGAUGAUAAAAUGUCAACACUAUCUUCAAGUGGGACGCGUACAAAGUGGUCUUCGCAAAAUUUAUCUACACAAUCAUCGCAGUUAAAAGGGCACGAUAUGCGGACAGAAGCUGUCCAAAAUGAGGCGAAUGCAAGACUGGAUAGAUAUGCGAAACUAAGUAAAAAUGAAUAUGAGAU